CACCACCCUGCCGGCAGCCGCAGGUCACCCGGUCACCUCUCAGGCUCACUCUUCCGGGCUCCAAGGCCUGGGUGGGGUGACCGAGCCACAAGUGCGGCGACAUCAGCUGUGAGUCCCCGGGGGCCGAGCCAGGCCGCCCUCCUCUUUACCUGGGACUUUCUUCCGGCUAGAGCUCCACAAAGAUCUCGCUGUCCUCCAACUUCCAUUCGUCUUCUCCACCGCCUUCCCCGCCCCACCUGGCCCUGGCGUGCACCCAGGGUGUCUCCUCCCCUUCCCACUUCCAGCUCCUUCUAGGGAGUUUGGUUUGAACUUUCGAACCCGCCAAUCAUCGGCCUCGCUGCGGCCCGGGGCGGGGUCCGGGCUCCGCCCUCCCGACGCGUGGCCGGCCAGGGUAUAUAAGCCCUCUCCUGGAGGCGGACCUCACACAGCUUCUCCCCCGGACUCCUUGGUAGUCGCUAGCGGGAGAUCUUCGUCCCCCACCUCUUCGCUUCCUCAGUUUUCGCGGACCACUUCAAGGACUAAAUAUGCGUGAGUGCAUCUCCAUCCACGUUGGCCAGGCUGGUGUCCAGAUCGGCAAUGCCUGCUGGGAGCUCUACUGCCUGGAACAUGGCAUCCAGCCCGAUGGCCAGAUGCCAAGUGACAAGACCUUUGGGGGAGGAGAUGACUCCUUCAACACCUUCUUCAGUGAGACAGGGGCUGGCAAGCAUGUGCCCCGGGCAGUGUUCGUAGACCUGGAACCCACAGUUAUUGAUGAAGUCCGCACUGGCACCUACCGCCAGCUCUUCCACCCUGAGCAGCUCAUCACAGGCAAGGAGGAUGCUGCCAAUAACUAUGCCCGUGGCCACUACACCAUUGGCAAGGAGAUCAUUGACCUUGUCUUGGACAGGAUUCGAAAGCUGGCCGACCAGUGCACGGGUCUCCAGGGCUUCUUGGUCUUCCACAGCUUUGAUUGCAUCCUGCUAGAUAGUCCAAGAUGGCUUCCUGCCCCUUCACCUCCAUGA